AUGAGACUCAUCAACACAUGGAGCUUGGAGCUCGAAGAGUUCUUCGACAACGAGAUUCCGCCGUAUGCUAUCUUGUCCCAUCGAUGGCAGCCUGACGAAGUCUCGUUCCAGGACAUGCAAAAUGGAACAGGAAACCUCAGAGCUGGAUUUACCAAGAUUGAGUUGGUUUGUGGUGAGGCAUCGAGGAGACGUUUGGAUUAUGUAUGGGUCGACACAGUUUGCAUCGACAAAACGAGCAGUGCCGAACUUUCAGAAGCUAUCAAUUCGAUGUAUCGUUGGUAUAAAAAGGCAGAGAUUUGUUGUGUUUUUCUAUUUGAUGUGGGUUCGAGAUCUCCAGUCUCUGACCAAUUAUUCUGCAAUGCUUGCUGGUGGUCUCGAGGUUGGACUCUUCAAGAACUGAUCGCGCCUUCCGAAGUUGCUUUUUUCGAUUCAUCCUGGAAUUUCCUGGGUACCAAAGAGUCGUUGCAGCUUGAAAUUUCGGAAAUAACCGGCAUUGACGUGAAGACGCUCGCUGGAAAGUACCUAGAACGUCGCAGUAUCGCUGAAAGAAUGUCCUGGGCAUCGAAACGCUCAACAACUAGAUUGGAAGAUCGUGCAUAUUGUCUUCUAGGUUUAUUUGGAGUUAAUAUGCCACUGCUGUAUGGUGAAGGGGAAAGAGCAUUCAUUCGAUUACAAGAGGAAAUAAUGAAGCACUCUGAUGAUCAUUCGUUGUUUGCCUGGAGCUUUUCUGGUGGGGGGUAUAGAGGGCUACUUGCCCAAUCACCAGCAGAAUUCGAUUGUCCACAUAUUAUGGUAGCCCAAGACAGGAUGAACCGUACGCCAUAUUCUAUCACAAAUAUGGGUCUGUCAAUCGAGUUCCAAAUGAAGCAAUGGGCGAUGGACACCUAUUUCGUUACACUCGAUUGUCAAUAUGAUAGAGGUCAUGGUCCACGAGUCGGCAUAUUUCUAAGACAAUUGAAGGAAAACAACCAAAUGGCAAGAGUCACGUUCGAUGGGAGUUCUCUUCGUGCCAUGGCUUUAGUUAGAUCUGCUUUCAAGCCCAAGAGCAUUUAUGUCAGGCAAACCGUGUUUCGUAUGUCACCACCCCCUGUCAAAAAAUAUGGAUUUUGGCUGCGGACCCUACCAACAAUCAUCAAAAUCCAGUCUAGGUCACACAAUGAGGAACACAUCCUUAAGACUGUGACUUCAUGGAAUACGUGGAACUCCACGGAAAGGUUUAUUCAAAUUCCCGUAGGUCAGCACGGAACUGCAGGAGUUUUCCUCUACCGGUCUUCCGAGAAGGAAUUCUCGAUAAUGAAGCUAGGUUUCGAUUCGGAAUUCAGACCUGUAUGUCUUCUUGGAGGUCCUGCGUGGGGCCCGUCGGCCGCCUCCUACGUCUUGGAAAAAAACAUGGAUCUCCCAGACAAAUUCAUCUUACACGACAAAUGGCUCGACACUGGGGACAAUAAUUGGGUAUUUCCUGGCGAACGCACCAGAGGGCUCCUGACAGAGAAGUUUCGCACCAAGAUAUCAAUACAAGAAGGACGGAUGAGUGAUGAUCCAGCUUGGAUUGUUGACAUAGAGCAGUUGGACAAUGAUUUGCUAGGGCGAGGUCCUAGACACGAAGGUGUUCAGUGUGAUGGUUGCUGGACUGAGAACAUGCGUGGUACGCGAUACAAAUGCAGAGUCUGCCCUGAUUUCGACUUUUGCGAAAAUUGCUAUUCGACAGCCAGACUCAACCAUCCAAUAUCACAUACAUUUAAGACAUUUCGGAAACCUGGCGAUGCGGACGAAGAUGAUAAGACACUAGCGAGCAAUGCGUCAACUGAAAAAACUGGUGAAAGCGAAGAUCUGGGCGAGAUACGGACGAGGUUUGAUCAAAUAUUGUCAAUAUCCAAUAAUCGACUUUCCAUGGUACCAGAUCAGGAAUCUCAAAAUGGACCCACUCUCGACUCUAAGGGAAUACAGCAUGCAGGGAACAGAACUGUGGAAGAUACUUCUUUCAAGUAG